UCUUAUUACGUCUUAUUACAGCAUAAUUUAGGUGUAUGGUGUCUUAACUGUUUGUUUACUGUCUAACACACUAUUUUUAGUUUUUGUCUAUUUGACACAGAGUAUGGGUUAUUACGUCUUACUAGUGUGCCGUAAAAUAAAGUGCGACCGUUUCUUUUUUCUUUAUGGACACAAUAUGACCCUGGCGAAACUGUUUUGAUCUGAACACACGUGUAACCGCCCGCUACAUAAGUGCCAUUGCCCACACACGUCUCAGUGUGAUCUAUCCCGGGGUCCAUUUGCGUCGCCAGUGCAUUGCAGCUUUAACCGGUCCAUCAUGCCUUGCGGUGUCCCAGUUCUGUUCCGAUGUAAUUUACAAGCUCUCCGGACUGCCUCACUUCAAUGAUGGGCAGAGGGGCAGAAUAACACACAGAGCAGCAGAUGUUGAAAGCUCCGCGUCGGAUGCGCGGUGACCGGACAGACGCGUGUUUACAUCCGCACGGUUUAUCACAGUCCUACAGGCGGGGGUGAGGUCUGAUGCAGGCGCGUAUCCGCACAGUAUAAACAGGAUCUCCCGCAUGUUGCCCGCAUACCAUGCAGCGGAAAGUAUCGGAUUUUACACUGAGGAGAAAUACUGAAGCUACGGGACAAGAGGAGAGUUUUACAUGCUCUGACACACAGUGAUCUGCGGCUGAACAGAGGAUGGACAAAGAAACAGUUUUAGCACCCCCCUGUGGUGUGGCGGAAUGAGGGCCUCUGGAUGAAGGCCAUGGAGCUGAAAGUGUGGGUGGACGGAGUGCAGCGCAUCGUGUGCGGGGUCACGGAGUUCACCACAUGCCAGGAAGUGGUCAUUGCUCUGGCACAAGCCAUUGGACGCACCGGAAGAUACACUUUGAUUGAGAAAUGGCGGGACACGGAGCGUCACUUGGCUCCUCAUGAGAAUCCAGUGGUGUCCCUCAACAAGUGGGGUCAGUAUGCUAGUGACGUUCAGCUCAUCCUCCAACGAACAGGCCCGUCCGUUAGUGAGCGGCCAACCUCUGACGGGCAGUCUCGCGUCCCAGAGCGUGGCCUCUACAGGCAGAGCCUCCCGCCUCUGGCCAAGCUCCGCCCCUCAGCAGCAGACCGCUCGCUCAAACGAAGGGAACCCAAACGCAAGUCUCUGACCUUCACUGGAGGAGCCAAGGGUCUGCGGGACAUAUUUGGGAAAAGCAGAGACGCUGAAGCCAAACAGACCCAGCACCGUGGUGUGAGCCUGAACCUGAGCAGAGUUGGAGGUGGUGGGGUAGCAUCUGUACCUGGGAGUCCAGCCAGAGAGCUGAGCCGACUGGUGCAGCUGCAGAGAGACAAACUCCAGGCCCUGGAGAGCCGUCUGCUGGGCUGUGAGGCCGAGCUACGAGAUUGGGAGGAGGCCGCCGGUGAGGCCAAUGAAGAAGGAAACCUGGAGGAGGAGCUGCUGCUUUUAGAGCAGCAGGUGAGGAGGAAUGAUACUGAGAUGAAGGAGGAGGAAUUCUGGCAGAACGAGCUGCAGAUCGAGCAGGAGAGCGAGCGGCAACUCCGGCAACAGCUAGCCGAGCUGCAGGGCCGCGUACGUGACUCUGAGGCCAAGCUUUCAGAGUACCUAGCUCGCAUACAGGGCAUGGAAGCAGGCCUGGAGCAGGAGAGGCUGCAGCAGGAGGCCCAGCUCAACCAGAAAGUCAAUGAGGAGGAGGUGCAGGCUCAGCUAGAGAAAGUGAGGGCGGAGCUGGAAAUGCAGAGCCAACACACAGCACGGCUGGAGAGCAGCUGCAGGGCGUUGGAACGCUCACUUGGCCAGUCCAGCAAGAGAUUACAGGAGAAGGAGCAGGAGCUGGAGCAGCUGACAAAAGAGCUACGACAGGUCAACUUGCAGCAGUUCAUUCAGCAGACCGGUACCAAGGUCACUGUGCUGCCUGCUCAGCCUGCAGGAGAAAAUGAAGUGGACUCUGGCUCUCUUAAACGACUUGGCUCGUCACGUCUCUUACCCAACGACCUCCGCACUCUUCAAAACACCGUCUCCUCCAGCCUGAACCCCGAAGGCAUCUACGUCUGACCCAGAACUGUCCAGGAGACAUUUCCUGGAGACGUUAUUUGGACAGCAGGGUGGGCUGAUGUUACCAGGACUGUACCUAUAACUGAAUGGGCCAAAAUUUUGCCUCACAAACUGCUUAAAUGCUCUUGAGCAAGGCCCUGAAAUGAACCUUGCUCCAGGGAUGCCUCAAGUGUGGAGAUUGUUGGCAAAAACAUUACUGGAGGAUCCAUGGGGCAUCACGAAAGACGAACUAUCAUCUGUUUAGCAUCUUUCCUGCAUUGGCUCCUCUUUCAUCUUUCUGAGACUGAAACUGAUGUCAAUAUACAUUUGCAUAUAUUGACAUUUAAUCUACUAUGUGUGAAGAUUCCUCCUAAAUCAGUCUACAAAAGCUUAAUUUUCUAUAAGUUUAGAAAACUACAAGCCAGCAGAUGUAUUUUUGUUGACUGAGGAGGCAAACAGUGCAGAUAUAUUUUAUUUGUAUGCUGUAGAAAAUAUAUCAGGAUAUAAAGUUUGGACACAUAUGCAUACACAAACUAAUACAUGCACGAGCAUGCACAAACACCACACCUGUGCUAUGAGCAUAGCCAUAUUGGAUUGCCUUACUCUGGUGUUUUAAAACCAGACAUCAAUAAGUCUAAUGUUGCAACAGAACUCAAGGUAGCUACUGAACUGAACACUAUGCGCCAUAUAAAUUUACUAUAUAAAAAAAGGCUUAGCACCAAUUCAGGUGACUCCUAGGCGUAGUGACUGAUGUCAGUAAAACUCAACAUUGGCUCGAUCUUUUUUUUUUUUGAUAUUCAUUUUUUUGUUUUGAUUUGAAGAGGGAACAAAUUUGCCUCAUAUUUCCUGUGGAAAACCCAUCAUUUAAGAUAAAUUAGCUAAAAGAAAUGGAGGUAAAAACAAAUUUAAUGAGUCCAUUGAGUGAUGUCAUCAACUAUUUUUGGUGAAAUAGUUUGGCUCAAGGUUGAGUUUUAUUUUGGUUUGCAUGGUGCAAGAGCCAUUAUUCUCCUCUUUGUUUCAGUCUAACGCUUGUGUGAAUGUGAAUGGAGAAAAGCGUGAUGACAAAGAGUGACGUCAUACCCAGGUUGGCCACCGGGUGGCGACAAAACCUAUAUUAUUCAGAUAGGUGAAAGUUAACUGUGUGAAAGUUACUCCUGUUUGUCUUUAUUCAUUUUCAUGUGUCAUAUACUGUAUGUAUGACUUUGCAUAUUGUUUUGUAACAAAGCCUCAGCACUUUAGCUUUCAGUGUAUCAUCUGAGGUGCCACUUACAUUGUCGGAUGAGUGUUUGACUUGUUUCACUGUGUUCAUCAAGCAGGGACAUGCAUACUUAAAGAAUAUUGUAUUAAUACUGUUAA